GACGUAUGAUGAUGGCUUCCUCGGCGAGAGCGUGCACGCGGGUCCUUCGCAGAAGCAUGGCGAGAAGGAUUACGGUAUCACCAACUACAUGGAGUCCUGCUGUCUUUGCUUCUUCUCCUUGGGCUUGGCCGGGUGCAACACAACCCACCUGCACCUGGGGGAAGAGGAGGUCACCACAACCAACAAGAACUUUUGCUCCACCAGCACGGCUCGCAUGCCCUACGCCCAGCUGGGCUCAGUGGACGUGGAAACCUUGUGCUGUGGCAAUUGCUUCAGUGUGGGGACGAACGGCGGCACCAUCAUGCCUGGCUUCGGGUGCGGCAAGCAGGAGGUGGACGGCAUCGCCGAGGAGCUUCAGAAGCGAAAGGUGACCCGCGGCAACAUUGCGCAGGUCCAGAUGCAGGAGAAUCUCAUGAUCGAGAUCAUCAAGCUGAGCGUGCAGAUGGAUCAACUUGCGAAGAAGGAGGGGGUGAAGUACCCUCCCACGCAGCAGACCAUGGAAGAGGUCUUCGGUCAAGGGGUGCAAGCGCCCUUGGGCUGGAACCUCCCCAUCACCGCCCUGCCGCAAGGCGACGGCAGUGGUGCUCUUCAAGUGAUGUUCCCUCCGGGGGUGUCGCCGGGCCAGUCGGUGCUGGUACAAGGUCCCAACGGCAUCUUUUCUGUCCAGGCGCCGAUGGAGGUCACGCCGGGCAUGGUCAUCAUGGUGCAGCCGCCGCCGCCGCCCAUGCCUGGCACGCCAACGGUCUAGGCAAGAUGCUGACGCUCUUCUCCACGCGUAAUCCACGGUGGCUGACACUGUCCCCGCGCCUUUGGGAGCACUGAGUCGACUGAAUGGAGCCGUGACUAAGCCCUUCAGAAGCUGCCCGUUGCCUCACCCAAAACUUCACUGCAAUUGCCUGGGGG